AUGUCUCGAUACGGCUGGUCGACAAAUCGGGAACAAAUAUCCCCUUACGGCUCCACCCUCAGCGGUGUUCCCGACGUUACGGACGAAGACUUUAGCUACAUCACUACAGAGGACCUGCAGUCAACCUCUCUUGGUAGCUCUGUCCCGACGAGAUCUUACGCCCACAACCCCCGAUCCCGUGGCAGCGUUCCCGACGACGACAUUCUUCUCAUCAAGAACAAGGGCAUCACCUACCCCGCCCACUUCCCCGCGUAUGCCAUUGGCGACGGCAAGCUGCGCGUCCGCGAUGUUCGGGACCGAGUAAGCGUCCUGCUGGAGCUGUCCGAGAGACGUGGACGCCGCGUCAAGCUUCUCUACAAGGGCCGCCAGCUCAAGGAGCCCGCUGCGCCCGUCCGGGAUUACGGUGUCAAGAACAACAGCGAAGUCAUGGUGGUGCUGCCCGAGGGCGAGGUGGACGCUGAGAGCAGCGACGACUCGGACGAGGAAAUGGUAGUCGUAGGUGGCGAUGGCGGCAGCGCUGUGGGCAGCAACGGCGGCACCGAUGACGGCAAGAAGCGCCGUGGCAAGAAGAAGGGUCGCAAGUCCAAGAAGCGAAGCAGCAAUACCAGCCCGCGGGAUAGCGCAUCAAAUCUCGGCGUCCCGGGUCAGGAGAGACAAAGCUCGCCCUCCCCCAGCAAGGCCAACGGCCCUCACGCCAAGCUCGAUGCCAUUGCAGCAAAAUUCGAGGCGGAUCUUCGCCAGCCUUGUGAGGACUACAUCGCCUCGCCCCCGACAGACCCCAAGAAGAGAGAGGAGGAGCAUCGCAAGCUGUCCGAGACGACGAUGCAACAUGUGCUUCUGAAGCUUGACGAGGUCGAGACGGAAGGCGACCAGGACGCGAGAAUGAAGAGAAAAGCCUUGGUCCAAACCGUUCAGGAUGUCCUGAAGCGCCUUGACGCGAGGCUCAAGGCAUAA